AUGUCUGGCCGCGGAAAGCAGGGAGGCAAAGCUCGUGCCAAAGCCAAGUCCCGCUCUUCCCGGGCUGGCCUGCAGUUCCCGGUGGGCAGAGUGCACCGCCUACUCCGCAAAGGCAACUACUCUGAGCGCGUGGGCGCCGGCGCACCGGUGUACUUGGCCGCCGUCCUCGAGUACCUGACAGCCGAGAUCCUCGAGCUGGCGGGCAAUGCGGCUCGGGACAACAAGAAGACUCGCAUCAUCCCUCGCCACCUGCAGCUGGCCAUCCGCAAUGAUGAAGAGCUCAACAAGCUGUUGGGUAAGGUGACCAUCGCCCAGGGCGGCGUUCUGCCCAACAUCCAGGCCGUGCUGCUGCCUAAGAAGACCGAGAGUCACCACAAAGCCAAGGGCAAGUAA